AACGUAAGACAACCCAUGCGCGUCGAUGCCGACCUCGGAUCUAAUCUACCUGCACUGCUAUCUCGUCAGGAACAGGUCAAGCUCCAUCAGCUGUGAUGCCAUUGCAUGCCGUAGAUCUGUCUGAUCGCGCCCUCGCGCCGCAAAAGCUCCAGUCGAGCUGUCAGAAGCUGUACGUAAACAAACAGCAGCUUUUUGCGGUAGCUUUGCGAAGGAAGGGUAGCGGGUUUGUGACGACUAUUUGUUCUUCUACUGAUCAUUGCUCCUGUGCUCCAACACCUUGGUGGUCUUCUGCUUUCAUUCAGUUAAAGCUCGUUGUAGAACAGAAAGAUGCUGAACGUACUUGCUGUUGGCGCCGCUUUGGCAGCUGCUGUCUGCGCCCAUGGCGAUCACGGCCACGACCAGGAGCCGAUUGCUGGACCACACAAGUCGCUGUGGUACAACACCCUGCCUGGCGACGGUGAGACUCAGGCCGACUCCGUCUUCUCCGGCAUCUCAACCUUCGGCCGCAUCACCUACCACCCAUGCCUUGCUAACGAGGAUGUCAAGUACGACAUUGCCUUCAUCGGUGCACCCUUCGACACCGGUACCUCGUACCGCCCGGGUGCCAGAUUCGGGCCUUCGGGCAUCAGACAAGGUAGCCGCAGGCUGAACCUCUACGGAGGCUACAAUGUGCCUCUCGAUGCCAACCCCUUCAACGACUGGGCGACCGUGAUUGACUGCGGUGACAUUCCGGUGACUAGCUACGACAACGCCUACGCCAUCCAACAGAUCGAAGAAGGCCACAACAGCAUCCUCAUGCGCGCCCCCGCCACAAACGCCAACAAACCCGGCCCCUCCCUCAAAGGCAAAACAUUCCCUCGCGUCAUCACACUAGGCGGCGACCACACCAUCACCCUCCCGCUCCUGCGCAGCAUGAACCGCGCCUACGGCCCCAUCACCGUCAUCCACUUCGACUCGCACCUCGACACCUGGCGGCCCAAAGUGUUCGGCGGCGCGCCGAGCAAACAAGCCAGCAUCAACCACGGCACGUACUUCUUCCACGCCUCGCAGGAAGGCUUGUUGAAGAACGACACCAACAUCCAUGCCGGCAUCCGCACGACGCUGAGCGGACUUUCUGACUACGAGAACGACGGGUACUGCGGUUUCCACAUCGUCGAGGCACGGGAGAUUGACACGAUUGGAACUGACGGCAUUAUCAAGAAGAUCCGUGACCGCGUCGGGACCGAAAACCCGGUUUACCUGAGUAUCGACAUCGAUACGCUUGAUCCUGCUUUUGCGCCUGCGACGGGAACGCCGGAGACGGGCGGGUGGUCGACGAGGGAGCUGCGCACGAUUGUGCGCGGGUUGGAUGGCAUUAAUCUUGUGGCUGCGGACAUUGUCGAGGUGGCGCCGGCGUAUGAUACGAAUGCUGAGUUGACGACGAUGGCGGCGGCGGAUACGCUGUAUGAAGUUAUGAGUAUUAUGGUGAAGAAUGGGCCGUUGUCGAAGAUGGUCAAGGAGAUUGAGGCGAAGGAGGAUGUGUAAAAGUGGUGUAGGAUUGGUUAAAAGGUGAAGUGGUUGGAGAGUGGUGCGGUGCUGUCCGCGUCCUCAGUGGAGCAGUGUUCCGUGUGCAA